AUGCUUCCUACACUCUUCUUCGCUCAUACUAACCAGGUACCCCUCCAGAUAGCUGAAUUCAUGAACUCUCCAUUUCCACCUUGGAUUCGCUUUCUCACUGCGGCAAUUCCUGGACUGCACGAUGGCAAAGUCCUCACACGACGUAUCCACGUCCUCCAGGAUGAGAUCAACGCCAUCCUGACUCCCAUCCAAGGAUCCAUCGACGAUUUUCAAGCAAUCCUCGUGGUAAAGCUAGAGGAAGCUAUCAAGCCUUUGAAAGAUGAAUUAGAGGCCCGAUUCCUUACCGACGGUGGUACACCUCCACUACCCUAUGUGGCCCUCAUGAUUGCGAAACUGUCGGAUAUCGUUGAAGAUGCAAUAGUCAACGUGCUCAGCGACAUUCAAGGGUCGACGGAAGAAAGGAGGGCUAUGUUCAUCAUGGGAGCGAAGGGUGCCACUGGGCCGGUCAAGGGAACGAUUGUUGGCGUUCUUACUUCUCUAGCUUGCCUCGUGGAGGAUAAUCCCCUUAUCGGUCGUAUCCUCACGGGCACCAUUUUCCUCAUGCUCAAAACGCAGUGGCCACUUGGUCUUAUCCUCGCGGUCCUAGGAUUUUCCGUUAAGGGCCCGCGCGAAGGAACUCUCGCUUCUGUCGUUCAACGAUUGUUUGAAGCUCCUGCUGUGUCGAAAUCACACAGUCCGAACGCAGAGAAGUCUUCAAAUAUCAAUCUAGAGAAGGGAACCCUAAAAUCGAAACGAAAAAGACGGAUACAAACUAAGUUGUGA